CAGAAUCCAUAUUUGAAUUGGAAACAAAAUUCCUCCAGGAGUGGUGAUGAAAUAGUUACUUUGAGCUUAAAAUUUAGCUCUACAAAUGCAAAAAGGAACAUGGGAUGGUUUAUAAGUUAUCAUUGGUUGGUAAGAGAAAGAGCAGAAACUGCCCUCCAUUACAUCUUCUGAUGGCCCAUAUGUAGGAAACCUGGAGGCAGUGGCAUUUACAGUGAUUCUGUGGUGACCCUUAGUACAAGUCAAAGGUGAGGUUAUUAGGUAAGGUAUUUCUUCAAGGAUCCUAAGCUAAUGUCUGCGACUCUCUAGUGGUCCCAUUCUUUAUAAGCAGCCGCUGCAUCUUGACCCUAGGGGCCCAUCCAUCCUAACCAGGUAAGGAAAAGGAUUUACCUCGGAACAGUGUAUAUCUAAUUGUGACCUCCCAACUCUCCUUCCAAGGAAAUCUGCUGCCUAUCACUUGCCCUCUUUGCCAGAACUGCCUGCACUUUCCCCACAAAAGUUGCCUUCGGUAUAGACUGGAAUUCUUAGGUUCAGGAACCAACUUAGGAGGACCUGGGUUCCCACUUGUGCCCUUGCCCACAUAGAAGUCAGAGUUGGUGAAAGCAGAGUCAGAUAGCAGCUUGGUGUACUGGGGGUGCAGAAGGGAGAGGGGACUUGGGUGAAAUGUCUGUAGUCAGAGGAAUGGUAGACAGGGGUGAUCUAAGAAAUUCUAUGGAGUUCUUCAUCCAUAAGGAUAGCUAUGUAUCUACUGGAAGAUUCAUGAGUGCUGAUUACUGGUAACUCUGUCUUGGGUUCUGCUUUGAAGUGCUGGUUACCAGGAAGCACCAGAGAAAUUAACUUUGAGUCCCCUAAACUUUAGAGGAGAGGUCAUACACCCAGCUGCCUCCAGGGCCCUUAAGGUAACAAAAAUGAGAGAAGUGGGCAGAUCUGAGAGGGCAUACCCUGACUAAAGGGGGCCAUUAAGGCUCUAAUCAAUUGUUGCCAGUCAGGAACUGAGUCUACUAUCUCCAGAUUUUUAAAAGAAAAAAACAGACAACAGGAUUUAUAUAUGAAAUAUUGUGAUUUUUAAUGUUAGCAACUAAUGAAAACAUUUUGAAAGAUGUUGUAGACCAUACAGAACACUGUGGGUUGCCAGCUUGUGACCUCAACUUUGGAGCCAGUGGGCAUAUUCCCCAGCUACUUUUAUGAGACCAGCUGAGACUCUGGUGGAAUGUUGAAAGAGUUGGGCACCAAAGCAUCAGAAAAUUAGAUUCCUGGCCUUUCUGCCACUUUUGGAAGAAAGUAAGCUAUCGUUUUAGGGCAAACCUUUGUUUUACAGACGAGAGAGCCAAAGACUAGAGGAGGCAGGGAUUGUCCCCAGUCAUGCAAGUUAGUUGCUGCACUGGGACCAGACCCCAGGGAUGCCAGCUCCCAGCCCACUGCACCACAUGAACUACUGGUUCAAAACCAGGCUUUCCUGUCUGCCCAGGGCACCAAACCUGGCUCUACCAGGAACAUAAAAAGUUUUCCCAAGUUGGAAAGAGAUGCCCUUUCUGACCAGAGUCAAAGUCCCCCUGACGCCUGAUUAGCCCAACUUCCCCAUUGGUUCAUGGGAUCCACCCCCUUCAGGGUUCCUCCCCCUACCCUGCAACUCUGUGAGAGGGGUCGUUCCCUGAGAGGCCAAGGGUCGCUACGGACCAUGACUGAGUCUAGCAAGCCCAUCCUCUAUUCCUAUUUCCGAAGCUCCUGCUCAUGGAGAGUUCGAAUAGCUCUGGCCUUGAAAAGCAUUGACUAUGAGAUGGUAACCGUCAACCUCAUAAAGGAUGGGGGGCAGCAGUUCUCUGAAGAAUUCCAGGCCCUGAAUCCCAUGAAGCAGGUGCCAGCCCUGAAGAUUGAUGGAAUCACUAUUGGCCAGUCACUGGCCAUCAUUGAGUACCUGGAAGAGACCCGGCCCACUCCGCGACUCCUGCCUCAGGACCCAAAGAAAAGGGCCCACGUGCGCAUGAUCUCUGACCUCAUUGCCAGCGGCAUCCAGCCCCUGCAGAACCUGUCUGUCCUGAAGCAAGUGGGACAGGAGAAGCAGCUGAGCUGGGCCCAGCAGGCCAUCAGUUCUGGAUUUAAUGCUCUGGAGCAGAUCCUGCAGAGCACAGCGGGGAAGUACUGUGUGGGAGACGAGGUGUCCAUGGCUGACCUGUGCUUAGUGCCUCAGGUGGCAAAUGCUGACAGGUACAAGGUGGAUCUCACGCCCUAUCCCACCAUCAGCCGCAUCAGCAAGUCACUGCUGACCUUGGAGGCCUUCCAAGUGUCUCACCCCUGCCGGCAGCCAGAUACACCCCCCGAGCUGAGGGCCUAGUUGUCAAACUGCGCCCUGCUGGUGCAGGGGCAGGGAGGGGGUGCAGGAGCAGAAGCUGGGUGGGCUGAAUAGGCCUGGAAACAAGUGAGCCCUCCACUGGAGAGGCAGGAGACUUGAACUCCUAGCCCUUGAAUUUGAACUCUAGCCCUGAAUCUGCUUUCCCACCCAACCUUGCUCUGCCUCAGCCCCCUCAUCUGUCAAGUGUGAGUGGGGUGGGGUGGGAGGACGCCCGGACGGGGGUAGGCAGGAACAUUGCCUACUAUCUGUGUCACGGGGCAGUCGUGAAGAUGAAGUGAGUGCAGACAGAAAUGUCUGGCAAGUUUCCCAGGGAGCCAUAAGGAAGCACCUCUUCCCAUCCCCUCGACUGUACCCAACUCCAAAGAAUGCCCACUCUGAAAUUUGAUAAUUAAACUAAAGCCCACGCCUC